AUGGACGGGUACCGGCAGACACUACUUGGACGAGCGCUGGCUGAUGCGUUGCAAGAGCUGGAAGGUGAACAAAGGGAAGGCGAUUCAACGGUUGCUGCUCUGAAUGUCGACGGUGAUCGUUUGUUUGUACUGUUUGAUGACGCUAUGCGCGCGGAGCUGUGUGAUGCUAGCAAUUCGGGCCACGAGACUCAGGGUCGCAGGUAUACGCACGAGACUCUGGAGUUGACAGGGCACGUGGUAGCAUUUAACCGUUAUAUGAACGAUUGGAGCCUGCAAGCGUGUGUCAAGGCCUACAACAUUAAGCUAAAUCAGAGGGUCGCCGAUUUAUACUUGCCACAGCAGCGUCAAAAGGAGAGACACGAACAAGAGGUGGCCGUUCGGCUGAAAUUGCGACAACGAAUAUAA